CUGCCAAACCGGGGGCAGCUCGCCGCUUUAUUGAUAGUUCGAGCCUUUUGUAUGCGGCGUCACGAUGCAGUAAGUCACGUACCCAUUCCUGCGAUUUUGACAGGUUUGCUGGACGGCAAAGUGGCGCAAUAACGAGUGUAGUUGAAGGAAAUACACGCGCAAAGAUGGCACCAUGAAGCUUUUGGCGCACGGAGCUUUCUGCAGCAUUUCUCGGUGUUUGCGUCUUUGCUGAUCGGAAAAAAAAAAAAUGCCUCACGCUCGAAAUAGGAACCCCAGCCCCAUCCCGGAGGUGACAUGGGACACGGGUUUGAAGGAGAUGAACGAGACGUGGAAAGGAGCGAUCGCGUGUCUCGGCGUGGCUGUUUUCUUCGUCAUGACCAUCGGGAUCAUAUACUGGCAAGUGGUGGACCAGCCCAACAAGAACUGGAUCCUCAAGGGGACGUUCAGCGGACUCAUCUGGGAGAGAAGGACCCACUCGUUGGUCAUCCAGACCCUGGCGGAGGACAGGACCUACGUGGAGAUAGACGUCGGGAACGUGGGGGACCCCGACCUGGAGGUUCCUUUUGUCAGGAACCUGUGCUGGCUCAACAAGACCGAAUUCUGCUACACCUGGGACAAGGUGGCCGAGAUCAAGAUCUCCCUGGACGUGGACGAGGACGCGGGGAGCGAGUGCUACAGUAUGACGUGGACGCCGGUGCAAUGCCAUGUGCAGCUCAAGGACUGCUUCUCCAUGACAAACGUAUCCUGGUACGGCGGCCCCAGUGUCAAUGGUCAGACGUGGCCAAUUAAUGAUCAAAACGCCACCAUGCAGCCCUUCGUCGUCAGCGACCUCAAGGAGAAUCCCUCAGGCUUUGGCUCUGCAUUGGAGCGCUACUUCCUUGGCUCCUCAGGUGUUGCCCUGCUGGUGUCUCCUGACCUCCCUCUGCAGCUGGGGAUGGACAGCAGACAACAAUUUUGCCUGCAGUCACUGCCCAGUAUGGAUCUCCUCCCGCUGCAGUACACUGUUUGUGUGGCCAACAAUGUGAAGGCAGCUCACCAGGAAGCAGUGCAGCAGCUCUCCCAGCUCAAUCGGGAGAUACCCAACAUGAGUGCUCUGUGGCUGCCAUUCUGGAAGCUACUCAGCAAUGUGGAUUCGGGACAGAAGGUGGAGAGGGAACUGAGAACCUUCUCUAACCGUCUUAGAAGACACCAGCUCGGGGAAGGAAUCAUCAGCCUCAAUGAACAUUCCACCAACCUCCUCUCUGAAAUGGACCAUGACUACCUCAACAACAGGAAGAGAGGGAAGUCCAAGAGACUUACCAGGGACCUCCCACUUGUCAAGCUUCUUAACAUUUCCGUCACUCUGUCCCCUUUCCUGAGCGUGGACACCACGCAGUUCCAUACGUCCCUCCUGGAUGGCACUGAGGCCUUCUGGCUUAGUCUCCCCUCAGCUCCUCACGGUCAGCUGGUCCCUUUGUUGACUCAGUGGCAGGGGAAGUUCUGUGUAAAACUAAACGUCACAAACCCGGGAGCUGUGAGCUGGUUCCUGGACAGAGUGGGAUCCUUACAAGCACAUUUGGGAAUGGAGUAUAUCCUGCUGGAAGGGGGUGAGAGAAAUUUGUUUGAGGAACAGGCAUUAAGGCCACCUCAGACUCUGGGUGGGGACACGUACAUCAGCCUGCUGGCCGACGUGGCCUCCAGGAUCGGAGACUCUACCAUCAUGUCAGCGGGGACAAGGUCCAGUCACAAGCCAGUAUUUCUAAGGAUGACACCCCUUCAGUCUGACUGGGGCCCAAUGGGCCUGAAGGGCAUCAUUCCCUCCCUGCUGCACCACACUCUGCUGGGAUACAACUUCCUCAUUCCUGAUGCAGUAGGUGGCUCUCUAUCUGGAGACAUGGUCACGGAUGAGGAGUUGUUCAUCCGUUGGCUGGAGAUUGUUUCGUUCCUCCCUGUCAUCAGCUUCCACACACCACCAUGGGUCUGUGGAGAAGACCGGGUGCUCAACUUAACUCGGAUAUACGUAACCAAGCACCAGAGGGAUGUGGUGCCACUGAUAGAAAAGUAUGCAGAGGAGUGGCAGGAGACGGGAAGCCCCAUCUACCGGCCCAUGUGGUGGCUCAGUCCGGAAGACCCGCUCACCUUCGCCAUCGACGACCAAUUCAUGAUUGGAGACGAGGUUCUGGUGGCACCGGUGGUGGAGAAAGGGGCCGUGAGGAGGGACAUUUAUUUACCUGACGGGGGCUUCCAAUGGCAGGACAGCCAGAACGCUCAGGUGUUCGAUGGAGGGACGUUCCUGCAGGACUACCCUGUGCCCUUGGAGGCGGUGGGUCUUUUCUUUCGGCGAAGAUGAUUGUCUCCAUUUAAAAAAAAACUAAACUUGUGCUGUUCUAAACUUGCACUUUUCCACAAUAGACCAUUAACUGCCUCAAGGCCUUGUCUUGGAGCAGCAUGUAGAAAUAUAUCUUUAUACUUGCACUUUAUUCUAAGAUGUCUUUGUUUUCCCUUUUUUAACAAUGUUAAUCAGUUUUACCUCUUGGCUGAUUUUGAAAUAUUUUGACUUUUUGUUGUUGUUGUUGUUGUUAUUGUUGCUGUCCUUCUGCGUACGGUGGCCUGGAAGUGCAAGACGCUUACGUUUCAUGAAACUACUUACAAUUACAGAAAACAAAUUCAAGUUAAAGUACCCCUGAUAGUCACACACACCCUCGGUGGGGUGAAAUUACCCUCUGCAUUUGACCCAUCCCCUUGUUCCACCCCCUGGUGGGUGAGGGGAGUAGUGAGCAGCAGCGGUGGCCGCGCUCGGGAAUCAUUUUGGUGAUUUGAAGACAUAACAACUUACAAUUACACAAAUGAACAAAAGACAAACAUUUACAAAUACUCAAAGCAAAUCAACAAAAGACAAAACUAAUUCUAAUUUCAAUUACAUGAAUAAUGUGGCACGAGUUGGAGCAUUUUAGUGAAAUGAGGAACUAACGACCAUGUGGAAAUGGACAAAACAAUUGGUCGACUUAGCUGUCAAUUUGUGGUUUGGGACAUUCUCUGUCCAGUUCCUGCACAUAUUUGUAAUGUUGUGUUGUCUUUUGUUUGUGUUUUGUGAAAUUAUAAAUUGGUAGGGUGCUGAAAAAAAGUCGAUUUACAU